AUGCACUGGGUCAGAUUUGGACAACAGCCACAGCUUUCAAGUCCACAGGAUGGUGCAUAUCAUGCACACAAGGAUUAUUGCCUUUAUCUUCAUGUUAACUCUUCCAAACAGGUCAUCUUCCAAUGGGACAGAUUUGUCUUUUAUGACGCGUGUUUAACUCAGAUGUUUUUUGUACACUAUUUUUCAGCGACGGAGUCAUUGGCAUUGUCUGUUUUGGCUUAUGACAGAUUAAUUGUUAUUUGCUUCCCUUUAAGGUGCAAUACAAUUAACACUAACCGAAGAAUGCUUUCAAUUGUCAUAAUAUCCUGGACGAUUCCCUUCGUUGUUGUCAUUGUGUCUGUAUCUUUACUAUUCCGCUUGUCUUUUUGCAGAUCUGUAAUCAUUAACAGUUACUUUUGCGAUUACGGACCGUUGUUUAAAAAUGCUUGCAACGAUUAUUCUGCUAAUUGGUUUAUGGCUGCAAUAUAUAUUGUUGUGCUAUUCUUCGUCCCUUUAGCAUUUAUUUUGAUUUCAUAUGCUUGUAUUGUGGUUUCCAUUAUGAAAAUUACCUCCAAAAUCGGAAGAAUGAAAGCGUUCAAAACCUGCACGGCUCAUUUAACCCUGGUCGCUGUUUUCUACACCCCACUUUUAGUAACUUAUAUUAUCGCCUGGGUGAAUGUGACGAUCGACACGGAUACUAGAAUUUUUAAUUCAUCCUUAUCGUCUUGCAUUCCACCGCUCAUCAAUCCUAUCAUAUACACCUUAAAAACAGAAGAAAUCAAG